AUGCCGGUCCUUCCCUCUCUUGAAGGCUCAACCUUCGAUGCCGACAUCCGAGAUCGCCACAUGAUCUACGACUACGCAGCACAGGACGCCCAGGGCAACCCUGAAAAAUGGCGAUACGAAAUGUGGUUCUACAAUGAAGACCGCAUUGUCUAUGCUAUCCAUGGAGGUCCAAUGGCGGGCCGAAAGAAUUUCCAGUCGGCUACAUACCAAUGCAUUCGCCCUGGAGAGUUAUGGCAAUGUAACUGGCUCGAGGAGACUGGCACGAUCUGUUCGCUCGUGCAUGACAUCCCUAACAAACGCAUCACAACUUUAAUUGGGUUCUCCAAGGGCCAUUGGACCCAUAAUGAAGAAGCCCACGGGGACAAGCGCAACCCACAGGAUCUCGCCCGAUGGAGGCAACUAGCGAAGGUGGGCGCGAGUCAAGCCGAUCGCGUACUUUUGAGUGAGCAGGCGGAUAUACUGGAGGAUUUCAGGGGGGCUGGUGAUUUGGAACCAAUUAAGAUGGAGUGGUCGACAAUGUGA